CUUGCGCCCGCGUGUAUUCAAUAUCGCUCUCAAACUUGGCGGCUCUUCAAUAUGAUGGACAUUAGCAGCAUGUACGGCAAUCACCACCCUCACCAUCAGAACAGCUAUCAUGCCAACAGCGCCGCCACCGCCGCCGAUAUGGCCGCUGUAGUCUCCUCAACUGGUUACCCCAAUGCUUAUUUUCCGGCAGCGGCCGCCACGGCCAUGCCCACGCAUCACCACCAGGCACACCACCACCAACACGCGUUGGGUUAUGCCGGCUAUGUGACGGACGGUUCGUCGCCCAACUAUUACCCGCAACAGCAGCAACAAUUAACGCCCCCACCACCCUCGUUGCAGCAAGCACCAGCGGUGCUAAAUCAGAACGCUGCUGUUGGCUCGCAACUACAACAACAACAAUCGCAGGCACAACAGCAGCAGCAAUCGAUGUACCCGCACGCACACCUUUUCAGUCCAAGCGCCGCCGAAUAUGGCAUUACGACUUCUUCGAGCGCUGGCGCGGGUACCGCCUCGGGCACACCUUUGCACCCGUCCAGUCAUUCGCCCACAGAUUCUUACUAUGAAAGUGACUCGGUACAUUCCUAUUAUGCAACGGCUGCAGUGGCAGCAAUACCACCUGCCACCAACUCGCCGACGUCCGCGUCCAACGCGGUGCACGGUAAUCCAACGGCGCCAAUUGAUGCGCCAAUCAUAAGCUCCGAAAAUGGCUUAAGCUACACCAAUUUGGAUUGUUUAUAUAAUCAAAAUGCGCCAACGCAUGCACAACAGCAACAACAAAUGCAACACAACUAUGCCUCGUUGCCCGCAAAUACUGUGGGCGGCAGUGGCGCUAAUGUGGAGGAAAAAUACGCCGCUGUGUUGCAUUCCGCUUAUGGCGGCGGCUCAGGCUUGCCAUUCGAUGAACCCCUUAUGCAGCAAGCCAUGUCAGCAAGUCAACAACAAUCACCACCUCAGAUGUGGCAUCAUCAGCACAUGGGUGGCGGGUACACAAUGGAUGCUGGCAUUCCGAUGGAGUCGCUGGGUAUGCAUCCCUUGAAUAUGGCGCACAUGCAAACGGUGGCGCCACCCCAACAUCCGCAUCAGCUGCAAUCACAAACACAGCAACAACAUUUGCAACAGCAUCAAGCGCAAUUGCAACAACAACAUGGCUCGCCAAAUGGGCCGUGCUUAAGCUCGCGUAGUCAACAAGUCGUCUCGCCCGACUGCACAGGAUUGCCUUCAUCGCCGGGCUCCUCAUCUAGUCAAGCCGGCUCACACAACAAAUCCCCGAAUCAAGCCAGCAACUUGCCAACGUAUAAGUGGAUGCAGUUGAAGCGCAAUGUACCCAAGCCACAAGCACCUAAACUACCUGCCACAAUACACGAUUAUCAGCUGAACGGGCAUCAGCUAGACAUUUGCCGCGGCAGCUUGCCUGCCGGCCAGCCGACGCAGACGGGCCUACUCUUAGCGGGUGGCAAUGGCAACACGUCGGGCCUGAGCAUUUGUGCGCCGAACAUGAGCAGUUGCAGCAUGAGUGCCACCAACAAUUCGGGACGCACCAAUUUCACCAAUAAACAGCUGACCGAACUGGAGAAGGAGUUCCACUUCAAUCGCUACUUGACGCGCGCGCGACGCAUCGAAAUCGCCAACACGCUGCAGCUCAACGAGACGCAGGUGAAAAUCUGGUUCCAAAACCGCCGUAUGAAGCAGAAGAAGCGGGUCAAAGAGGGUCUCAUACCGGCGGAUAUAUUGACACAACAAAGCGUCUCCACCACGACGACCGCAACAACGAACAGCAAUGCUGCCACGCCGGGAACAGCGAAUCCCACUGGCAAUAUAAAUGUGGCCAACAAUUGCCCAAAUAGCGCCAAUAACAGCAGCAACAACAACAGCGUGCAAAUGCACAAUGGCCCCGCCGUCGGUGGCAGCAGCCACAGCGCAGUUCGCUUGGGCUCGGCGUCCAUCGCCAACAGCAGAGAGGCUGUCACACACAAUAACAACCACAACCACAACAAUAACAAUGGCAAUCAGAAUAACAACAACAAAAUGAAUAACGGAGAUUGUAAUCUGACAGCGAAUAGCGAUAAUAGCCGUGAAUCGAAUUAACGCAAACGCAUUUGCACCGACAACGCCGACCCGACGCUGACCACCAACACCUAGGUGUUCCCAUUGACGACUCCAUUCGCUGAGCAGGUGGACCUUACGGUUAUUUCGUUAUUCUGUGGCAGCUACUAGUUAGGCAACUCGAGCGCGUGGCAAUUGUGGUUAGUUUUAUUGCCAAAUGACGGACACACGCACCCACUACAACUACAACUACAACUACAAUUGCAACAAAAACAAUGUGUAGUGUAGAAAAUGCGAAGCAACAUGUAGCAUUUGCUCAUUUGGCUGUGAUAACUGUUUAAACUAUAAAGUCAACACAUACUAAUAAAAUAUUUAAUUAAC